AUGAAAAGUGAAAGUAGUCGCCUAUAUAAAGACAAACAAGUGUCUUCACUUUCUCACUACUCAAAUCUUCUUCUCUCACAAGAUAAGAGAUCAUUCUUGAAAGAGUCUAGAAAUUUCAAGAUCCAAAGAGAAGAAGAAUCGAUCAUGAUCUCUGUUGUGAUUAUCACUGAGCUACUAGUAGAGUACACGACGGCUCUCGCUAAACUCACCGCCGGGAUUCUUCCACGACGGUCCGGCGAUAGAAACGCCCUACGGGUCGGUGGUUUCCUCAUUCCCGCUCCUUCUGCGACUUCUAUGAUUCCUGAUUUCUCUUCUCAUCUCGUCGACUUCUGA